ACCAACGGAUUUCUUUAGAAUGCGGAGAGAAUGUUCUUGGUUGACUGAAUCAUAACCAGGCAUGGAAACUAAGCGUCUCAACUUUUAUGAACAAACUUUUGGGGACUGGGCUAUAUUAAAACUUUUUCAAAAAGUUCAUGGAAAACAAGUUUCUGACAAGCACUUAUCUGCCACAGAAUACUGGCUACAGAAAAAGGCAACAAAGUUACAGCGAUGGCACUACUUUUUGGCACGUUGGUUUCGUUCCGUUCCGUUCCGAAUGGCUGUGCGCUCUUUUUUUGGUAUCAUAUUUGCAGUUUUAUUUGUCUUUGUUCCAAAACUGUUCUCAGUGUUUCCAGAUGCUCCUCUUGCUGUAAUCUAUUAUAUAAUUAACCUCACCGUCCUCGUUCAAGAGUUGCACUUGGGUAUAGUAAUACAAGCAUCUUGUCUAACAGCAGUUGCUUUGGUAUUUGGUGCGUGCUUUGGUGCUUUGGGAGCUUUUGCUUCUCGAGAAAGCGUUGGUAUAACUAUCGUAGUGGCGUUGAUAGGUACUGCUCUAUUUACUAUGCUUCACUCAGAUCCUAGAGUAGCAGGAAUGGUAUAUUAUACUGGAGAAAUCAACUUUAUUUUCAACCUGCUGGACACAAGAACACUAGGAAAUCAAAGUAUUCUGUAUACUAUGCGAAUUACUUUGGUAGCCUCUGGUCUAUCCCUUUUGUUUUCUUUGAUACCAGCUAUAUUCGUCUUUCCACGAUUCUCUGCUUGGGACAUGAAAAUCUGUAUUAGAGAUGCUCUUAGAAAUGUUGGAGCUUCAGUCUCUUCAGUUUCUUCCAUUCUGUUGGAUCCUGUAGUUUCGGUAUAUCAAUUACAAGGCAGUGCAUUCCAAGACACUGCAAAUGAUGAAAAUAUGGAAAGAUCUUUUUCAGUUCCAAAUAGUUUUCAAGAAACAGACUCUAUUCGAAUGGAAACACAAUUGGAUAGUUAUUCUUCUCCGUCAGGUUCAUUUUCUUUACAAGUGAUAGACCCUUUCAAACAAGGUUGGAUGUCAGGUUGUUCCUAUAGUUUGAAGUUUUUGGAAUCAGUCAUGGAAGGUCAUCACUUGAUAGCAGCUAGAGCAAAUAUUUCUCGCGCUCGAAGAUUGGUUACUUAUUCUACUUUUGAACCCAAUAUUGCUCAAAUGCUUAGGAAGGAACCUACAGCACUUUGGGGACGUAUUUUAGAUGCUACAGAAGACUUGAUUGGAAAAGUGGAUUCCUUGCGUUCUGUGAUUGAUGGAGGAAGAAGAAAGUAUACUUCAGAUACUUUAAUGAGAUGGUAUGAUAUGGUUCCGAUAUUGAAGGAAAUGUUUGCGAUAUUGGCCACAUUUUGUCAGAAAACUGGAGAAUGUAUCUGUAUGAAGAAUAUGUCGGAACAACUGAAUGUAAUGCAUAUUACAAGAGAACAACUUUUACGUUUGGAAGAUAUUCAGAAUCGGUUAAGAGACCGUCUUCAAUGUGCUUAUAUAAGGUACUGGGAUACCACUAGUCGUUUAGGAGCUGAAUCAACUGCACUUGAGUUGGGGCCACUUAUGUUUGUCAUAGUGUUAUCCAAAUCAAUAUUGGAAUCCUGCAUUCAUGUGGAAGAAGAGGUGGUCCAUUUGAUAGUUGCUCGUCAUGAAAAAUCUCUAAGACGAGGAUAUCUUAAUUUAUUUGGUUGGACGAGAAGUUUAUUUUGGUCUUUCGAGACAUGGUUUAAUAUUAUAAAGAGUUUUCCUCGACAGCGUUCUCAAUGGAUGGCGCUUUUGAAUUGUAUGGAAUUUCAUUACUUUAUGAAAAAGUGGAUGGGUGAGAUGAUUAUCAUUAUUAUCUUUUUGACCACGCCGCUUUAUAAGUAUGUUACCAAUUUUGAUGGACUUUGGCUUUGGAUGUCAUUUAUGAUUUAUUUUACUCCUACAGUGGAAGGAACUCUUAUUGGUGGUUUGAUCACCAUCUUAGGUUGUGGUUCUGGUUGCGUAAUUGGUUUCUUGUUGAUGAAUUGGAAAGCUUCCGCAAUGGAACCUUAUGGAUUGGCUGCAGUUAUUGUAAUUGUUACAACAGUGUGUGUAUAUUUUAUGAAUGGUCCUUAUUAUGUAGCCUUGUUGACAACUUGUACAACAUUAUAUACAAUGAUACUUUAUCAAUAUAGUCCAACUGAAUACAAAGCUGUGUGGCAUUAUCCUUUGGCACGUUUUGUUAACAUUUCUUUGGGAAUUGUUAUUGCAAUAGUAUUUAGUGAAUUUAUAUUUCCACAUUCAUCACUCAUGGAAGCUAGACAGCGGUUAGCAACUGCUAUGGAAAAGAUGAAUAGUUGGCAGAAUUGGUUAUUGUCAAGAUAUUUUAGGGCAGUUGGAUAUCAUAGUCAAGGUACAGUUGUGAGUGGGAUCAUUCAAGUGAAACCUUUGGACUAUGGAGAGGAUGCGAAUGUUUUAUUAGUAGAAGAAGAAACAAGUUGUUGUAGUCAUAAGGAAAACGAGUUGGAGCCUAACACGACAUCCAAUAGAUUCAUAAAUAGAAUACCUCAUAUUGAUGAUAAUGAGUCAAAAGGCAAACGAGAAAAGAAUCUUAUUGAUUGGAGAGCUUCCAUUUUGGGCGAUUUACAAUCCAGUGCUUCUUGGAUCCAAAGUGUUCAGAAUGGAGUUGCAUCCAAGUUACAUGCUAUUCCGAGAAUAGUUGCGGUAACUGCAGAAAGAGAAGAAAUGUUACUUGCCAGAUUGACUGCUUUUUCUACUGUUUUAGAAUAUGAACCAUUUUUGACUGGUCAGUUUCAAUAUGGACAUUAUGAUUUGUUUAUCAAACCACUUCUUAAAUCCAUCCAAGCUCUGCAAGAAAUGAAGAAGCAACUCGUUCAAGUCAUAGUCAGUUGUAUCAUGGAAGGAAAACCGUUUACUUCAUUAGCAUUUUUGAGAGAAUUUGGGUAUGCCUCUGUUCGAAAUACUGCUACUGCUGCAUGGUUAUCCAAAGAUUAUUUUGAACAAACAGGAUCCAAGGUCUUGGGUUCGUUAUAUUCUGGUGUACAUCGUUAUGCUGAGAAGGAAUUGGCACAAAUACUAUCCUAUACUCGUAAAGGAAAAGAAGAAGUUUGGAAAGCAUCCCAAGUAAUGCAAGGUGGUCUAUCUCAUUUCUUUCAUGAAAUGGAACAACAAUUUCAGCAUAUAGGAACACAAAUAUUUUACACGGAGAAGCACAAUUCACACAGACAAACUGAAGAAGAAAGGAUUUCAAGUCACGUAAACCAUUUCGUCUCCGAAGAUUCGCCUCAUGUAGAAGCUGCAUUAUCGGCAUUGGGAGAUAUUUUCCAACAAGGAUCGGAUAUAGAAUCGAAGCAUUUCCAUGAUACGGAAAUACCGCAGAAUCAUAUCAACAAGGAAAUCAACAAGAAUAUUCCUACAGAGGAAACACUGAAUUCAAGUACAGCAGUAUGUGAUGAUAUUACUUGCAUGGAGAGAGACUUGUCUUCAGCUCCAACGCCAAUGAGUGAAGUAUCCUCACAUCAUUCAGACAAUACUGAUAGGGAAAAGUUAGAUUCCUUGAAAGGAAUGAGUAGAUAUUCUACUUUCAAUCCUAAAGAAGAAAUGAAAGAGAGACAUUCCAAUGGCUUCUAUUGGAUGAUACAUCGUGCUCUGAAUACUGGAACCAAAAGAUUUGGUGUGGUUGGAAAUGAAAUGCUGCAUAGUUUAACAGAAUUUUUGUUAGGAAGAGAAGAGUUACCUCCCAUUCUUCACAAUUUGAGAAAAGGAGCACAUCAAAUUCGAUUAACACAAGCCAACUUGUAUGCCAAUUACCUUCAUCUCGAGCAUUCUUAUUACAGUUCUUUGAUGCAUCAGGGACUGAAAGUGAAGAAGGAGGAUGGAAGAGACGAAACAGACAAUGGAUUUCAUUCUCUUUAUGAUAUUCCCUAUAUUCGUUGUGCUGACGAUCAUAUUUUAUUUCUUGCAUCAUUUUUCAUAUUUUCAUAUGUCAUUGAUGGUAUAAAAUCACUUGCAACUGCAAUAGCUGAUGCUUUCAUGGAAGACAUUGAAGAAAUCAGAGAGAGACAUCAACUUUUAAUUAAAAAAGAAAUGAACAAACUGCAGAAGAAGCAAAGAAAUCGAAAAGGAACUUAUCAUCGAAGACGUCGAAAGAGUCAUUUGAAUCUUAUCCAUAGUUCAACACAAAAUGAAUGAAUAUUUAUGUACAAUCUUCGCUGUCUAUCCAUUUU